AUGCGGAUCUGCUACUACGAUCUACUCAAUGUCGAACGAACGGCAACCGACGUCGACCUUAAAAAGGCGUAUCGAAAGCAAGCUUUAAUAUGGCAUCCUGACAAGAAUGCCGAUCGUGUUGAGGAGGCAACUGCGCGAUUUGCCAUGAUCCAAGAGGCCUAUGAAGUCUUAUCCGAUCCACAUGAGCGUGCAUGGUACGAUGGACAUCGUGAUGCAAUUCUCCGUGGAGACGAUCGCCCUGGUAGCAAGGAUAGCAGUGCUGGAACAACAGCCGAGGAUCUCAUGCGAUACUUUAGCAUGUCAGAGUUCCGUGGUUUUGGAGAUGAUGACAAGGGCUUUUAUGCUGUCUAUCGCAAGCUGUUUCAAAAACUUGAUGAGGAAGAAGCAUCCGCUUACAUGCCAGAUGAAAAUGAUGCCCAAUCCUUUACACAUCACCCAUCAUUUGGCAAUUCGAAGACACCCUUUGCGGAUCAGGAUGGCUAUCUCGGCUAUGGCGCUUAUGCUCGUGAUUUCUAUGCAGCAUGGAUGAAUUUCAGCAGUGUCAAAUCAUUUGCAUGGAUGGACAAAUGGCGAUUACCUGAUGCACCCAAUCGAUUUGUACGUCGAGCCAUGGAAAAGGAGAAUAGAAAGGCACGUGAAGUGGCAAGGAAAGAAUACAAUGACACCGUCAGGAGUUUGGCAGCCUUUGUACGUAAACGUGAUCCACGUUUCAAAAAAUAUCAAGUGGAGGAACAGCAACGACGUGAAGCCAUUCAAGCUGAACAAAAGGCUCGUGCACAACGUGAAAAGGAAGAGCUCCAAGCACAACUUGCCUCAUACAAGGAGCAAGAAUGGGAAAAGGUUACCAUGGUAUUAUCCGAAGAUGAGGAAGAGGAGGACAAUGAUGGCGCUGCAAAUGAUGAAACGGAUUUUUACUGCGUGGUCUGCGACAAGUUUUACAAGAGCGAGCAACAAUACGUGGCGCAUGAAAGCAGUCGAAAGCAUGUCAAGCUUGCUCAAGCCAUGAAACAAGAAAUGAUGGCUGAUGAUGAAGCCUUUGAUUUCACAUCCAAGGAUACAGCAGCAAACGAGGCAUCGCUCCCUAUACCAGAAGAUGAUGGCGACGUACCCAUUAUCACCAGCUCAUCCAAAAAGAAGAAAAAGAAUAAAAAGGGUCCCAAAUUUGGUUUUGAGCAAGCUGAUGAUGACGCCAACGAGGAGGAUGAGAUCAGUCAAUUGACAGCAGCGCUUGAGCUUGAACAACGGUCUCGACGAAGGAGGAAAAAUAGCCCUGGAUCAGAAGUCUCUGCUGCUGCAGCAGAUGAACAAGACAAUGUCCCCCAGAAGGAGAGUGCCAAAGCCAAGCGUGAAAAGAGAAAGGAAAAGAAGAAACAAAAGGAAGAAAAGGAAAAGGAACAAGGCCAACGAUGCAAUGUCUGUGGUGAAAGUUUUGAAACACGAAAUCAGCUCUUCAAUCAUAUCAAAAGCACGGGUCAUGCGCUUGCAGUACCACAAGGCAAAGGCGGCAAAAGACGAUGA